AUGGACCAUAGUUACGUGGUCCGUGGCCACUCCCAGAGCCUUUUCCUGUGCCCCCUUUCCAGCCCUGGCCUACGUUUCUGUGGCUCCCUUUUCUGCUGGCGGCCGCCUACCCGGGAGAGGGGGGCAGCCAGCGGGAUCCGCGGCACGCCCAGGGGUGGAGUGAGCCCCUCCGCUGCCUCGGGGCCCUCGGUGCCAUUCUGGGUGCGUUUAACCCCGAAGCUGGCGGAGGUGCCGCCCGGGGCCUCGGUGUGGCUGAACUGCAGCCACAGCUGCCCCCUGCCGGCGACGUCCAGCCUGCGCACCCGGCUGAAGCGGGGCCCGGCGCUCGAGGGUCCGGGCUGGGUCCGCUAUCAGCUGCUGGAGGUGAGAGCCUGGAGCUCCAGCGCGGUCUGCCUCGUCACCUGCGCGGGACACACGCGCCAGGCCACGGCCAGGAUCAACGCUUACAAGCGGCCGCGCAGCGUGAUCCUGGAGCCUCCGGUGCUCGAGGGCCGCCAGUACACCCUGCGCUGCCACGUGACGCACGUGUUCCCCGUGGGCUUCCUGGUGGUGAGCCUCCGGCGCGGCGGCCGGCUCAUCUACUCCGAGAGCCUGGAGCGUUUCCAGGGUCCCGAUCUGGCCAAUGUCACCCUGACGCACGUGGUGCCCGCCAGGCCCCACGACUUCUGGCAACGCUGGACGUGCCACGCGCGCCUCAAUCUCGAUGGCUUGGUGAUCCAGAGCAACUCCGCCCCGGUCACGCUGCUCUUCCUGGCUCAGAGCCGCACGUCCACAGCCCUGGCCUCCACUUCCAUCGUCGUCGUGGUGGGAAUUUUUCUCGGUGUGGGAGUUGUCUCCUUGUGCAAGUGCCGGGCCAUGCAUCCGCGGGCAGAGACAGGGGUGUUCUAGGCCAGCUGAGCGGGAAAAACGUUGCUCUGCCAUCAGUAAAACCUUGAUGGGCCAGUG